GUCGCCAGCUUCAAUAUAGCGCUUUAUUAUGUUCCAACUUGUUUUCCGUUUCGUCAUUUUAUUUUAACAACAAAUAUUACAUUUGCGCCAUGUUUCCUGCUUGUUUUUCGGCUUUCGCUUAUUAAAUGUGGCGUGCACGUGUUGGUAAACUGACGCACACAGACGCGGCCACUCACACGCACUCACACUCGCGCAGACACGACAGUCGCCACACCAACACAGGCGCACUUUGGAGUCGCACAGACACGCUCGGCAGACAAUGUGAUUCCGCCAUUAAUAUUAACGUUAAAGGAGCAACAACAAAAUGCUCAUCAAACAUGCGGCGUUUAGUAGGCACACACACACACACACACACACACUACACACACGCUUAUAAAAAGGACAAAUGCCUGCGCGCGUGUGUGUGUGUGUGUGAGAGAGUGAGCGAGAGCGCUGUCGGCCAUUUCCUUUCGUCUUUCGCCUCUUUCCGGUGCGUUGAAUGUUUCGCUUUCCGUUUUCGUUCGCUGCUUGUUUUUUCUUUUUCCACUUUUUUUUUGGUGUCUUUCAGUUGGCGUCGAGCGUUUCCUUAAGGCAAACGCAGCUUUGAUUUGCCUUCCGCGUGUGCCGCUCCGCAAAAGGAAAUAUAUUUCGAAAAUAUCUGAAUAUUCGUGUCGUGUGUGUGUGUGUGUUUUCCGAUCACUGAUUUUACUGACUGGUGAUAAUGGCUCUGGUGGCCCAUCGGAUGAUGUUGCCGGCGCGGCAUCGACGCAGCACCACCCAGCAGGUGGCCCGCAACAAGGUGGGCGUGCUGCUGGUGCCCAGUGUGGCGGAUUACUACGGCUCGGAGGUGGCACCCGGACUGGCCACGCCCCUGCCCACUCCGGCCGCCUCCCAGCUGCACCUGCCACAGGAUACGGCAGAAGCAUCGGGCGAUGGCAGCGCCACAAAAGUGAGUGCAACAAGUCGGUGCAACGACCCACAUUCGAUUGACUGGUGGGAAUGCGAGGAUUUUCCUCCGGGGAUUUCCCACAAAAUAGCAGCUUCGCUUUCUCGUUUUUACUUCUCUUACGGUUUAUGUUUUCGCCUUCUUGUUUUUUUCUCCGACUGGCGCCAGCUUUAUUUGGUCCAAUGUGUGCUGUGCGAUUUUGGGGCAUAGUUGUGUUGUUCUUGGUCAUGUUCGGGAUUAGAAAAAAAAAACACUUUUACUUAAUCAAGUAUACGACAUGUGGCCGUCAGGCCAUAAGGAAUAUUUAAGUUCGCCAUAUACAUGGGUUUGAAAAAUGAAAGAUAGUUGGAAAUGCAAAAGUUGUUUUAAGCCUGAAACAAUUUUGAAAUGAAUAAUUGUAAUAAUUAGUGAGCCCCACAUAGGACCCAUAAGUUAGGAAUGAUAACAUCCAAAAUCCGGCCUAUGAUCAAUUCUUUUAAAUAGUAUUUUAUUUUAUUAAACUACGUUUCAUUAAAGUAAAUAAUUCUAGAGUUUAUUUACUGCUUAAAUGUCAGCAAACGAAUUAAAAGCAAUUGUAUCUGAUUCGACUCCCGGUAUUUGAUUAAAAGUUCCGAAGUGCGUGACGUUAAAUUGUUUGUUACGCCUUCACCUGCUCCAUAAAUGGAAUUUUUAAUCCUUGUCGAUGUCGAGUCCUUAAUUGAAUGGGGUGUACUCUGUGGCUUUGGGCUGGCUUUGUUUUGGUACUCGGACGCAACGGCACCUUCCAUUAUUCCGAUGUUACCACGCGUGAUGAACUUGUCGCCGACCACCACUGCACAGUAGUCCAUAAUUUAUUUAGCCCAAAGCUUGUUUGCGGGGGUGGCGGCACUGACACCGGCUCUAUUAAUCAAUAAAUUCAGCUCUAAUGCAUGUCCUUGACAUGGCAUAAAUAGAAGCAGCCUGCUUAAAUUAGCGAAGUCGUUAGCCAUUUAGCCUGCAUAAGCCACCGAUUAUUAUAAAUAGAAAUAAUGGAGUUUUUCGUCAUUCAAGAAAUUUAAGUUGUUAAAUCCUUUUUUAUGCUUUUCCAUUCCUUUGAAGGUAUUCAGAGGUAUUUAUAUACCCGUGGAUACCUUAAAGACUUAACAUAUUCUUUCAAGCUAUCGUUUCAAAAGGUGCCUUAAAUCUAACUGAUCCUUUUACUCAAAAAGGAUUAAAGUCCUUUACAAACAGAGCCUAUCCCAACAAUACAGAUGGCAACGAAAACUCACCACAAUGAAGACAUGAACCUAAAAAGCUUUGCCAGUCAGCUUUAAGGGCCAAAAACAGAAUGUUACGACCUCAGCUUUCCAGAAAGCACAUACUGUCCCACUUUGAGCUCCAUUUUCCUGGAUACCUACCCCAAUAAUAGAACCUUGGG